AUGACGAUCGCGCCGUUGCUGCGCAUGUUGCGGCGGCAGUGCCGACUGGUACCGGUCCUCAGCGCAGUUAUUCUGAUCAGCGCAGGCCUGUGGACUUUCCUGUCAUCGUCAGCAGGUUCGCGUUGCUCUGGCGACCGAUGGGAGCGGCCUGUUCCGAUAGGCCACCGCAUUCGAACGGCGGGAUGCACGUUGCCCCUGUACGAUCCUUUCGACCCGACCGUGAAGCCAUUCAUCCGGCUCCGCUUCGAGCGCGCCAAGUGCCCCGGAAAGCCCAACUUCCUCACCAUCAGGUCUGGUUUCCCAGCUAUUCUUUCGCAGAAACUGGAGGAACACGGAGUCCUUCCCGAAGAACUCACGUGUUUCUACAGGGAAAUCUACCGAAAUGAUUCUCUGAAUGUUCCAGACAAAGUGUAUCUGUUCGGGCCCAGAACAACACUGUCCUUCGACAAGGCACUGAAAGAGGAGUUUGUAUUUGUGGAAUGUGUCACGAAAAAGUCCCCGGAGAGGCCUUUUCACAAACAGUUACUUCUGAAUGCGCUCCUCAAAAAGAACGUCGAGAAGCGCUGCCGACGGGUGCGUAAAGGGACGCCCCACAACCUCAGUGUCCUAAUACUUGGUCUCGACGCGGUGUCGCACUUGAACUUUGACAGGCACCUUCCGGAGACCGCGAAAUUUGUGCGGGAGAAACUCGGCGCUUUUGAACUUCAUGGAUAUAACAAAGUGGGGGAGAAGAGCUACCCGAACCAUAUGGGCUUCCUUACAGGUCUCAAAAACUUUGAAGCAGACAAAGCUGCUCAGGCCGGAUUCUAUGACAACCUCAGUCCCUCGUUAAUCUGGCGGAAAUAUGCGGCACGGGGAUACAGGACCAUGUUUCUCGAGGAGUGGCCGCAGUAUUCUCUCUUCAGCAGCAUCCCCUUUAAGGGUUUUCGGCGCGCCCCGGUUGACUAUUACCUACGACACGUCAUCAUGCUAAUGGAUGACUUAACCAAGAACACUGAAGAAGAACUGCGGGUAAGCUGCUUGGGACCCACAAUGCCAUCUGAAGUGCUGCUGGACUACCUUGCCAACUUCUUGAACGUAAUGUCGGAGCGACCUUUCUUCGCCUAUGCCUGGUUCAGCGAAUUAACGCACGAAUGGCUCAACAACGCAGCGUAUGUGGACGAACCUGUGCGGCGACUGCUUGAAGAUGUGCACGCUUCCGGCGUGCUCAACCACACGGUUCUCGUGUUCUGCAGCGACCACGGAUUGCGAUUCGGCAAAGUGCGUACGACGUACAUCGGUAGGCUCGAAGACAUCCAGCCGUUCGGAUUCCUCGUCUUUCCACAGUGGUUCCUUGACAAGAAUCCUGAGGCAGCUCGGAGUCUUCAUGUCAACCAGCGCCGCCUGACGACGCCCUUUGACCUGCACGCGACGCUCGCCGAGCUUCUCGACUAUCCCGUCCUCAAGCGACCGCGUACAUCGUACGGACUCAGCUUGUUUCACGAGAUACCGGGCGAGAGGACGUGCAGCGACGCGUCCAUCCAGCCUCAGUGGUGCGCGUGCAGUGUGCGGGACGCUGGUGCUGUAUCCGGUGCGCUGGCCAGGGCACUGGCUGAUCGGCUUGUUGCGCAUGUAAACGGAGCGUUAGCGCGGGCAUCGCGUAACUGCGCCGUGUACCGACUCCUCCGAGUGAUGGACGUGACGUCGCUGCAGGCGACACCGGCUGAGCUUGAAAAGAACACGAGUGAUUACUUUAUCGUCGUCAAGCUGUCGCCGGGAAACGUUGUCUUUGAAGGCCUCGUGCGGGUUAACGGUGACUACAGCAUUGAGCUGAAGCAUAUCAGCCGUUGUGACAAGUACAAGAAACUGGAGGAACACGGAGUCCUUCCCGAAGAACUCACGUGCUUCUACAGGGAAAUCUACCGAAAUGAUUCUCUGAAUGUUCCAGACAGAGUGUAUCUGUUCGGGCCCAGAACAACACUGUCCUUCGACAAGGCACUGAAAGAGGAGUUUGUAUUCGUAGAAUGGUGUCACGAAGAAGUCCCCGGGGAGGCCUUUUCACAAACAGUUUCUUCUGAACCCGCUUAUCAAGAAGAACGUCGAGAAGCGCUGCGGACGGGCACGAAGAGCUACGCCCCAUAA